UGGGUUGCAGCUUUUGUCAUCGAGUCAAUUGUCAUCUUUCUACUAAAUGCUUUCACUCUCGCCAUCUACAUAAGAAACCGUCACUUACGCAAGCGCAGUACGUACCUGAUAAUAAAUCUGACUGUGGUUGAUUUACUGGUGGGAACAGUGGCAGGACCUUCGAUGAUAUUCGAACCAGACAACCUGGAGAAGGAUGUGGGUCUUGAACAAGAUUUUAGUUGGCAAUCAUUCGUUUAUUUCACAUUACAGGGGCUUUUUUUAGUUGCUUCAUUAGUUAAUAUUUCAUUGAUUUCUCUAGAGAGGUUACACGCAACACUUUUCCCCUUUAGGCAUUGUCUUGUUGGAAAAAGGGUUUACCUAAUCAUUAUUUUGUGUAGUUGGUUGUUUUCCUUGAUUUUGUCAUCUGUUAUCGUCCUUCUUGAUUUGCGCCUAUCGCCUGCACAUCUGUAUGUCAUUUUGUCGUACUCUUUUCUCUCCCUUCUCAUUCUCACAGUUUCAUAUGCUAUAAUCAUCUCAACUGUCAAAAAAAAUCCUCUCUCGCCUAAUGCUGGACCAGUUCUUUCAAAAGAAAGGAAACUAACGGUGACUUUAUUCAUAGUUACUGUGGUUUCUUUUCUGACCAUUCUUCCUUGGAUUAUUUGGACUGUUAUCCACUACCACAUAUGGAGUAAAGUACAUGUAUGCCUUGCAGUACUUGACCGCAUCAGAGACUCGUUUCAUGUACUACAUUUUUUCAGUCCUAUAGUCAAUCCCCUAAUAUAUGCAGUAAGAAUGCAAGAGUUUAGGAAAGCAGCCAGAAAAUGCUUUUGAUUUAAGACACUAGAACUAGCGCGAGUCCAACCCAUGGAACCUCUUGCAUUGCAUGUACGUACUCAAGCAAUACCUNUGUUUUCUCAGCAAGACUGCUCCUCACAUUAACACGCUGUUUGUUUGCAUUCUAUCAAGGAAAACUUCCUGUAAAAAGAAGGAUAAUAACCGUCACUGUAACACUGAGGGAGAAUGAAAGAAUGCUUGAUCGUUUCUGAAAAAGAGCAAAGAGCCUGGGUUGCAGCUUUUGUCAUCGAGUCAAUUGUCAUCUUUCUACUAAAUGCUUUCACUCUCGCCAUCUACAUAAGAAACCGUCACUUACGCAAGCGCAGUACGUACCUGAUAAUAAAUCUGACUGUGGUUGAUUUACUGGUGGGAACAGUGGCAGGACCUUCGAUGAUAUUCGAACCAGACAACCUGGAGAAGGAUGUGGGUCUUGAACAAGAUUUUAGUUGGCAAUCAUUCGUUUAUUUCACAUUACAGGGGCUUUUUUUAGUUGCUUCAUUAGUUAAUAUUUCAUUGAUUUCUCUAGAGAGGUUACACGCAACACUUUUCCCCUUUAGGCAUUGUCUUGUUGGAAAAAGGGUUUACCUAAUCAUUAUUUUGUGUAGUUGGUUGUUUUCCUUGAUUUUGUCAUCUGUUAUCGUCCUUCUUGAUUUGCGCCUAUCGCCUGCACAUCUGUAUGUCAUUUUGUCGUACUCUUUUCUCUCCCUUCUCAUUCUCACAGUUUCAUAUGCUAUAAUCAUCUCAACUGUCAAAAAAAAUCCUCUCUCGCCUAAUGCUGGACCAGUUCUUUCAAAAGAAAGGAAACUAACGGUGACUUUAUUCAUAGUUACUGUGGUUUCUUUUCUGACCAUUCUUCCUUGGAUUAUUUGGACUGUUAUCCACUACCACAUAUGGAGUAAAGUACAUGUAUGCCUUGCAGUACUUGACCGCAUCAGAGACUCGUUUCAAGUACUACAUUUUUUCAGUCCUAUAGUCAAUCCCCUAAUAUAUGCAGUAAGAAUGCAAGAGUUUAGGAAAGCAGCCAGAAAAUGCUUUCGAUUUAAGACACUAGAACUAGCGCGAGUCCAACCCAUGGAACCUCUU